UUGAAGCAAACACUCCAUAAUAAAAAACAAACUGAUCCUACCAUAAGAAAACAAGUCAUUGAAUAUUAGUACCUUGAUUAGAAUCGUCGAGCAAUAAAUACUGGACAAUAACGACCCCAGCAGAGAAUAGAGAUACCCAUCUGUGUCGGGUGAUAAGUGAUAGAUAGAGAUUUGACCGGACACUCCGCAUACAGAAGAUAAAUUGAUAUCAUAUCCUAACAUCGUGACACAGAACUUAAGGUCCCACUGCUGACACUUGACUCACUAAAGCCACAGAGCAUAGAGAUAGCGGUGUUGAGCGAUAGAUGCAGUACGUGCAAACUUACGGUUACCAAUAUAUCGAGCAGAAAAUAAAGACCUACCAAUACGAAAGCCAUUGAGCGCUCCUGCUUCUUCGUUUAAAACCGUCAAACACAAGUCACUUAAGAUCUGACUAUAGCGCUUACCAAGGCCACGGAGCAUCGAGGAUAAGCAGUCGGCUGCGUGUGAUAGGUGCACGGUGGCGCCAAUGCGGCGGCGGCGUGGCGAUGUCGCCGCCGCGGGCGCUCCUGGCGGGCCUGCUGGUGUGCCAGCUGCUCUCCUACGGUGGACACCAGGGGCUCACCAAGAUAUUCUACACAUUACCUGACACUGGACAACCUCCAAUUCUCAUCUCGCUAGUGGACAACGCUAAACUAGACUUGAAAACUCCCGAGGAAUUGUUGUUCGUGAACGACUCCGAGCAGCACAACGAAACCAAGACCUUCACCAUCGUAGACGGCAGCGAGGUCUUAGAAGAAAAAGAAGUAGAGAAGGAUGCCGCGGAAUCACACCUCGUCGUCAAAGCCAAGCCUAUGCACGAGGUGCGGCAGACAGAAGAUGCAUUUCACACCACACCACCCCCUGAGGAACCCGCAGAAUCUCAAACGGAGGACAAUGAGGAAAAACCAAACAUUCCAUCCAAACCAGAAAUGCCACAAGAGGACAUACCCUCGUUCUCGGAGUGGGCGCAGAAACAGCUCGCAGAGGCGGAAAAGAAAGACACAGUCCUGAACCACUCGAGUCAACCUAGUCAUAGCAGUACUAACUUUAGCAGUAAGAGCACAAAACUGCGGUCGAAAAACUACGCUUCGCCGUCGUGCGCGGCCAAGGUCGUGGCCUGCAACCCCGAGGCUGGCUCCGCCAGCUCCAUCCUGUCCCCAAACAGGGAUGAAUACAUGCUCAACACUUGCAACAGCCGCAUCUGGUUCGUAGUGGAGCUCUGCGAAGCUGUUCAAGCGCAAAAAAUAGAAAUAGCCAACUUCGAGCUAUUCUCGUCGACCCCUAAAGAUUUCGCCGUGUACUUCAGUGAUCGUUUCCCGACGCGCGAAUGGGCCAGCGUCGGACAAUUCACGGCUAAAGAUUUGAGAGACGUUCAAAGUUUUGAUUUAUAUCCGCAUCUGUUCGGAAAAUUUAUCAAAGUCGAACUCCUGUCGCACCACGGCUCCGAACAUUACUGUCCCGUUUCGCUGUUCAAAGUGUACGGGACCUCGGAGUUUGAGGUUUUAGAGAAGGAGAGCUCGCAACACGCCGCUCACAUCGAUGAUGACGACGAUGAUGAUGAAACCAUUGACGUUCCCGCUGUUCCAGUAGCAGAAAAGGAACCUUCUAAAAACCUGUUUGGUUCCGCGCGAGACGCGGUAAUGUCUAUAAUGAAGAAAGCCGCACAAGCGUUAGUCAAAACAGAAGUUCCUAAAAACGUUUCAAGCGAACACAACGACACGUCGACGGACAAAAUGUACAAAAGGUGUUGCUCCCCCAGCCAUAUAAUAGUUUGUGAUAAUUGUAGUGAAUCGCUCUACAAUGAAGUGUAUGAACUGGUUAGUUGUAGUUCAGAUAAACUGACUAAUUUAGUGCGUCAAGUGUUCCUCCGUGAGACUCUGAAGUGCACCAGUAUAUGCCAGCCUUUCGGCUUGGACUUUAAAAGUACAAAGACUAUCGAGUUUGCCGAAGAGCGCGUGGCAUAUAUGAACGCAUUGUUUCCCCCUAAGUAUUUAGCCGCGUUGUGUAAUAUUCUCGCUAUUAAAGAGAAAAAAGUAGUUUUAAACACUAGUUUCGAAACCGAAUUGAAUGUUACCUCUAAUUUGACCGUUGACGAAUCGCCGCAGAACGUCAGCAGUGAAACGAACUCCGAACAGGACGUGAAGCUAAUAUCGCUCAACAAUGCUUCGUCGGACGAAGCCAACGAGACAGUCGAAUCUGAAGAAAAACCUGUUGUAGUCGAAGAAACCGUUGAGAGACCAGUGCCAGUUGAAAUACCAAAAGAGGAAGAAAGUGAAAAUGAGCCGGUAGUCACGGAUGAUAAAAUCGUCCAAGAAAAACCCGAAGAGAAACAAAUAGAGAACAUAGAAAUCAAAGUUGAUGAAAAAGAUUAUUCCAAAGACAGUAAAAAUAAAAUUGAAGUGACUACCGAGAAAGCUAAGGAGGUGAUAAUUCCACCCGAAGAAGGGAGUGAGGGGUUGAUGGAGGAGGCGCUGUCGGACUUCGAUCAGAUUGCGGUGGACCCGACGCCGGGGCCGGCGUCGCAGAACCAGCCCCAGACCACGAUCCAGAAGGAGUCGGUGUUCCUGAGGCUAUCUAAUAGAGUCAAGACGUUGGAGCGCAACAUGUCUCUAUCUGGCCAGUACCUCGAAGAGCUGAGCAGGCGAUACAAGAAACAAGUCGAAGAAAUGCAGAGGUCCUUCGAGAAGACCAUGCUCCAGAUGUCAGAGGAGCGCAGAAAGAGCAACGAGAUCGAACAGAAGUAUCUAGAACAGAUGACGACCCUCCAAGACCAACUAGCGCAAAUGACCAUUGCCAUGAAAAUCCUAAUGGAAGAAAGAGACAGCUGGUUCGGUACCAUGACCGUCUUCAAAUUCAUCAUCUACCAAGCCAUCCUCAUCGCGGCUGCAUUGUACUACUUCAACAAAACACGACCAGAACCUGUAGUCGUUCACGUUCCUAGGAAGGUUAAUAAGAAAAAGGAUAAACUUAGAAGAAAGUCAGUGGAGGGAGUGAGCGGGCACCAAACCCCAUCAGCAAAGAAAAGACGACCGAGCGAAGAGGCCUUACAAAUAACAAGACAAGCUGUAGAAGAAGCCAAUGAUGACGAAGGCGAAUGGCAAGUUGCCAGAAAAAACAGAAGACGGAAAACCUCAAUAAUACACAGAGCUUUAGAAGACUCCAAAGCUCAGUACUGCAGGCAGGAUAGCAUGGGCAUGCUACAAGAAAACCCGAUACCUUUAGACGAAGAAGAAUUCACUGCUCCUGUAUCAGAGCCAGUGAAAUUCAACGAGGUCGUCCAACCGAGACAUAAGGUCAACGGGUCAAUAUUCAAUAAUCUAAAGAAGACUAGUAAACGGAGAUUAUCGUCACCCGCUUUCCUAAAGUCCCUAUCCAGACAAAGCAUUAGAAGCACUCCUAGUCCUGUAUUAAGAAACGAACCCGUGUUCAACGGUUUAGGGAAACUAUCAUCAGAAUCUCCGACCGGGAGCCUAUGGUCUGAAUCCACGGAGAUGUCCCAGAAUGGGCAGGCGGAAGGUGGGAAGAAGAAGAAAAGUUUGAAGAACAUUAUUAAGAAGUUGUUUUGAGACUUUAAUUGCUUAGGCGGCGGGUCGGUUUCAGAUUUGUGAUGAAAGUUUGUCAUGAAAAUUGGUGGAGUGUAGAAAGGAGUGUGUAAUUUAUACAUAAAUUAAGCUAUAUAAUAUAUAAUCAAUGUUAUUUAUCAAUUCUACGCGACAUUUCGUUUAGGCAUUAUUGUAUCCGCCUAAGACUAUCCAAAAGUAAAUGUUAAAUUUUUAGACAAUAAUUUCUAUGUUACGAGAAAUAUUGUGUAUCGAUUUUAGGAAAUUGUUAUUAUUGUGAAGGAUAAUUAUCAUUUUAUUAAUGACGUCACAUAGGACUAUGUGGAUGAAAACAUCACAAUUUUGAAACCAAAUCGCGUAAUUAAUUGUGUAUAUUUUUAAUUGCUAUGAAACAGCUAUUGUAAUUUAUUUCCUCGCAUUGUUUUUAAAUUAUUGUUAGACCUCAGUAAGGUGCCAAUGUGAUAAAAUUAGGAGCCUAAUAUACCUUUAGCCUGUUGCUAUAUGAGUACGCUUGUGUUGAAAGUUGAUACCAGUAGUUACCUUGGACGUGAGAAUUAUGCCUCAAAAAGUUAUUUUUUAGAUUUUGGAAUGUUAAUGUUAUUUUUAUGUAAUUACGAGCCAUUUAGGUCCUUGUAACUCGUCGAUAAAAUAGUGUUUGCGUUAUUCUAUUCUGCAUCCUUUUCUAUUUAAUCUUGCAUGUCGCAUGUCAGAUAAGUAUUUUGAUAAAUUACUACUUUUCCAACCUUUCCUAGAGAGAGAUCAAGCUAACUCUGCAGCGAUUUUGGUAGCACAGACGGUGCAAGUGUUAUUUUAAACGUCAAACUUCUAUGAAAAUAUGACGUUGAAAAUAACACUUGCACAGUCUGUGCUACCAAAAUCGCUGCAGAGUAAGCUUGGCCUGACUCUAACUAUGGCAGUCCCAGAGUGUGGAGUGCCACAAAACGUGAAAUUACUAUGAAUAUAUGACGUUUAUAUUGUCAAUUUUACACGUCGUCACUGCAUAAUCUGUGUAGAGUUAGAGCGGUUUAGACUAGCGUUUUUACGCGUGUAUAAGCUUGUUUUUGGAAGAGUGUGUAGGCGCGUAUAAGCGCCUCGUUUGCCAAAUAUAGCGCAUGUGAAAGCGCGUAUGCCGAAACGACCAUAUACGCGCAGAAAAAAAACCCUAAUGUGAAAAACCGCUCCAGUGGCGCAGCGUGAACAAAUCUAACCGUAGGCGAAAUCGCAUCUACGAGGCCCUUUUGUUCCACUGUGCCCGAAGGGGCCAUUCGCGAGGCCCCCUUUGGGCGCGAGGCCGUGGGCGACGGCCCACUUCGCCCACCGCGCUCUUAGCUGAAACGGACUCUUCUUAUCUUUACUAUCUUCCUACCUUAAUACCUGCUGGUACUUAAUAAUAUCAAUAUUUCCAAAAUCUAAAAAAUGCCGAGUGUUUUUGUUAUAAGAAAGGGCCUUAUGCCAAUGGCAUAGAGUUGGCAGUCGCAUGUAUUGCAUGCCGGUGACUACUGGGGUCAACUCGUGUUUUGGACAAUAACGAGUGAGCUAGUCGCAUGAUUGGAGUUCGUAAACAAAGAAAUUGCAUUAAAUGCAUUAACUUUA